AUGAGACAACUGCAACUACGUGUCUUUUUGUCUUUAUUACUAUCUCUUCUGGAGUUAGUAGCAGCAUUUACCCCCAAGGUAACGAAGUCAAAAAGUUCAAAUUCGUUUACUAUUGAGGUGUUCGAUGAUUCUACCACAUUACUGAGACUAGAGGACGCAAACGUUCUUAUUACUACUGACAAUGGUGCUACCUGGGAUACUGUAGAUAAAAUCGAUGGCAAGGCACUGUGGCUUGGCAUUGACGAAUUUCAUAGUCAUGAUAGGGCCAUUGUAACUGUUGAAAACAAUAAAUUUUACAUUACUGAAGACCAAGGCAAGUCUUGGCAGCUCAUAGAACUAGAUUUACCGGAAAAUGAAGAAGGACAAUGCUUCAUCUCCACUCAUCCUACAAAUAAGGACUACUUCGGUGUGCACUGUAGUUUAUGUGCUAAAGCUAAUGAAUCUGGAAAUAGAGACCAUCAAAAAGGAAAUACUCACGAAGAUGGGAAAAAGGGCCACGAUUCUGAGAACGACGAUAAAAACAAAGAGCAUCAAAAAGAAGACACACACGAAGAUGGGGAAAAGGACCAUUUCAGAAAGCGUUUCGAAGAUACAUCUCUUAAGCGUCGUGGAUUAAAUCAAUUCGCAGAAAUUGGUAAAAAUUUGAUUACUGAACUAGGUGACAUGUUUGAUGAUUUAUUUUCCUCUGACGAUGAAACCUUCACCUGUGAGGGAAUCUAUCUUGUAUCUUUCGAUCAUGGGAAAACUUUUACUGGUAUUGCUACUCAGGAUGAUUCCCAAUCUAAAAAAAGUCAAUAUACUGAGACAUCGUGUUCGUUUAUCAAAUCAGGUGAAGAUUUAAAAAUUCCAUCCAACGAUGAGUCUACGUUAUUCUGCAAAUAUCAGAAAACCUUUUUUAAUAAAAAGAAAGGAGAUUUAAUCGAAGAUAGCACUGAAUUAUUCACUGUAUCAAACAAAGGGAAAGUGGUUAAAAGUUUAGAAUUUUUCAAUGAUAAAACUGUAAACCAUUAUAAGAUAUUAGAAUCUAGUGUUGUGGUUGUAACACAAGACGAUAAAUUCAAUAGAAACUCUCCAAAAAAAGUUUGGGUUUCAAGGGAUUUUAUCAAUUUUAACCAAGCUUACAUUCCUACUCAAUUAAGGUACACUGUCUCUGGCCAAAUCUCCGAAGAUUCAUUGGGAAGAAUUAUCCUACCUAUAGUGAGGCGUGAAUCUGAUGAUGAGAGGUCAAAAGAACGAUUUUCUGAGAUUUUAAUUUCUGAUUCGACCGGUCUUAAAUUUGAAACUCUCAGAUGGGCACGUACAGGUGGAAGAACAUUUACACAUGUAUCUAAAUUGGAUUUUCUCAAGGGCACGAUGAUCUCCUCAUCUUUCGGUCCUACAAGCUUUGAAAGAGUGGGCGACAGUGAACAUGCCUUUUCUGAUAGGAUUACAAAGAUUACGGUAGACGCUGGUGCCAAUUGGCAAAACUUAAAAAUCGUAGACCCUGAAAAUAAGAGUUUUUUCUCUUGUGAUAUUGAUGACGUUGAAAACUGCUCUCUUCAAACGAGUCGUGUCUUUGACACACCAACUGCAGGUAUACUAGUGUCCAUAGGAACCGUUUCCGGCACAUCUGAAGUUGAUCCAAAUGAUCAACAAACCUUUAUAUCAAGAGACGGAGGUUUGACUUGGCAGCUGAUAUUCAAAUUUCCAACAUUAUGUGAGACUGGUGAUAUGGGUAAUGUCAUUAUUGCAGUUCCAUUCAAUCCAGACGAAGAUGGUGAUCCAGAAAGUGAAAUUUAUUAUUCUUUGGAUCACGGUCAUACUUGGGCGGAGUAUCAGUUACAGGAACCAAUUAUUCCAUUUGAAAUAGUGAGUACCACUCCCGAUGGUUCAGGUGUUAAAUUUAUUUUGAAUGGCUUUGACCUAGCAAAUAACAUGCUAACAAUGACCAAUUUCAUAUAUACCAUAGAUUUUACUGACGCCUUUGACAAGAAAACGUGCGGUAAGAAUGAUUAUGAAAGGUGGGAUUUAGCUGAGGGAAAAUGUGUCAACGGUAUGAAAUACAACUAUAUGAGGAGAAACAAGGACGCAAAAUGUUUGAUCAAUGCUGUUUUCGAAGAUUUGAAGCUAGAUGAAGAAGUUUGUGAGACUUGUACUGAAGACGACUAUGAAUGCGCUUUCGAGUUUUCGAGGAAUGACAAUGGCGAAUGUGUGCCUGAUGACAGAUUGAUGUCAAUUUCUGGUCUUUGUAAUAACAAACAAGGCCAAAAAAUUAAGCUAAAACCAAUGGUUUUGAGGACCAGAAAUAAAUGUAAGAAAGAACUUGAUAUCUCCCUCGUUGAAGUGAGCUGUGGGGAUAGAUCUGGUUCGGGAAAUGGUGAAAAUAAAAUUUUGGUCACUGAAAACACCUUUGAGGACAAUAUUAUCUUUUAUCAAUAUUUUGAUACGUCUUCCGAUGAGUCUUUAAUAUUGGGAACCUCAAGCUAUGACUUUUAUGUUUCACAUGAUGGUGGCGAAACAAAUGAAAAGAUUGAUACAAAUGGCGAACAAAUCAUUGAAAUUGUAUUCAAUCCAUUCUUUAGUGAAACUGCUUACUUUUUUGGUUCCAGGGGAACUCUCUUUGUUACACAUGAUAAAGGACAUAGCUUUUUUACUACAAAGUUACCUGAUGCCGUACAGCUAACCCUCCCACUAGAUUUUCAUGCCAAGGAUAAAAAUUCCUUUGUUUACUAUGGAGGAGAAGAUUGUGAAUCUAUUUUGAGCCCUCAGUGUCACGCUGUUGCAUAUAUAACAAGAGAUGGUGGCCGGUCGUUCAGUAAGUUACUGGAUAAUAGUGUUCACUGUGAGUUCGCCGGUUCUAAAUACCAAGACCCAUACGAUAAAAAUUUGAUUAUAUGUCAGGUUAAGGAAAGAAAUUCUGAUAAGAGAUCAUUGGUUUCUUCCACUGAUUAUUUCAAGAAUGACAAAAAAAUACUAUAUGACAAUAUAGUUGGGUUCAUGACAUCUGGUGAUUAUAGUAUUGUAGCCGUUACCCAUGGUGAUAGAGAACUAAGAGCCUACGUUACUCAAGACGGUGAUGAGUUUGCAGAAGCCAAAUUACCAAGAGAUCUAGCUGAAUUAAGGCAGCAAACGUUUACGGUCCUCGGAUCUGAAACAGGCGCUAUUUUCUUGCACAUGACCACCAAUAACGAAAUGUCUCAAGCUAAUGGAGACCUACUAAAAUCUAAUUCAAAUGGUACCUCUUUUGUAACUUUGCAAAAAGGCGUGAACAGAGAUUUGUAUGGGCGUGUUGAUUUUGAAAAGAUUCAAGGGCUUGAAGGAAUCAUUCUGAUUAAUUCUGUUGAUAAUGCUGAGAAUUUAGUAGAUACCAAACAAGAAAAAAAACUUAAGACGAAAAUCACCUUCAAUGAUGGGGCAGAUUGGACCUACUUAACUCCCCCAUCGAGAGACUGGCAAGGAAAUAAAUAUAAAUGUAAUUCCAAGUCGCUGGAAAAAUGUUCCUUGAAUUUGCAUGGAUACACUGAAAGAACUGAUAUUAGAGACACCUAUUCCUCUGGUUCAGCAUUGGGUAUGAUGUUUGCUGUUGGGAAUGUAGGUGAAUAUCUACUACCUGCUGAUGAGUGUUCCACAUUUUUAACUAUCGAUGGUGGCAAUACCUGGAAAGAAGUAAAGAAAGGUUCAUUCCAAUGGGAGUAUGGUGAUCACGGUAGUAUUUUAGUUUUGGUUCCAGAAAAACAGGUGACAGACACAUUAUCAUAUUCUCUGGAUUCAGGCAAAACUUGGAAUGACUUUAAAUUUACAGAGGAGAAAAUUUUGGUGAAAGAUAUUAUUACAGUUCCCCAGGAUUCGGCCAUGAGAUUCUUAUUGAUCGGAGAAGCUACAAAUAUUGCUGGUAAGUUAUCACGCACUUUUACGAUUGACUUCUCUAAUAUGUUCAAAAGGCAAUGCCUUCUCGAUAUUGACGAUGAGUUUCAUGAUGAUUUUGAGUAUAGCCCACUUUCCCCUGACACAGAAUGCCUAUUUGGACACAAGGAAGAAUAUUUGAAAAAGAUACACGAUGACUGUUACAUUGGACAUGUCCCACUAUAUCAAUUUUCUAGGAUUACCAGAAAUUGUACCUGUCAAAGGAGCGAUUUUGAGUGUGAUUAUAAUUACUACAAGGCUAACGAUGGCACCUGUAGAUUGGUGGAGGGUUUAACUCCCUUACCAGCUUCAGAUGUCUGUAAAAAAGAUUCGGACUUAAUUGAAUUUUCUGAACCCACUGGCUAUAGGAAAAUACCGCUUUCCACUUGUCAGGGAGGCUUGAAACUGGACGCUAAUACCGACACGAAGCCAUGCCCUGGUAAAGAAGCUGAAUUCAACAAAAAGUACGGGAUUAGUGGAAGAUCCUUCCUUUUGAUCUUUUUUAUUCCUUUCUUACUAUUCAUCUUUAUCCUCUGGUUCAUUUAUGAUCGCGGUAUAAGAAGAAACGGUGGAUUUUCAAGAUUUGGUGAAAUUAGAUUAGAUGAUGACCAAUUGAUUGAAAAUAAUAACACGGAUAAAGUGAUUAAUUCAAUUGUAAAGGGUGGACUUGUCGCGGUAUCUGCUGUCUAUUCUGGUUACCAAUUGUUUAAACGUUCAACUAGAGGGCUUCUGCAAAAAUUUGGCGGUAGAUGGUCUCAAAGGCGUGGCCCUAGUUACUCAUCUUUAAUGCAUGAUCAAUUUUUGGAUGAAGCGGAUGAUCUGUUAGCUGGGCAUGACGAAGAUGCUGACAAUUUAUCAAGCUUCAUGGAUCAAGAAAGUAAUUUUGAUAUAGAAGAAGAUUCACAAGCUGAGUCUGGUACAAACAUAGAGCAUAGCCCAUAUACUGAUGAGGUGCAUAACUCAGCUCAGGAUGAUGAAAAUGAUGAGACGCAUAACUCAGAUCAGAAUGCUGAAGAUGAAGAGAUUCUUCAACAAGUUGAUCAAGAUGACAUUACAGAGAUGUGA